GCAGAUUGUCCCAACGAAGUCCUAUCUGCCCACGAGUCCUCCACGCUUCGGAGUUAUCUGCUGCUGGUACCCCUGUGUCGCUGGCAACCGUCUACCUAUGUCUGCGUUCUUAUUUUCACCGCGUCCAGUCUCUUCCCCACUGCUCCAGGCUCUGUAACUCCGGCGCCGUACCGCAACGAUAAGAUGGCAAGCACAAACCAAGGGAAUGCCACCGAUGACAAGGGGCCCUUGAUCAUGGCCGUCAUGUGGUCCCUGACCGGUAUCACCACCGCGCUGGUUAUCGCCCGGAUGUACAUUCGAUCGAGGCUGUUGCACAACCUCGGGGCUGACGACUGGCUGAUCGCAGGAUCGAUGAUAAUGGGCCUCGUAUAUUGCAGCAUUACCGCGGCAAAUGUCGGGAUUGGGUACGGCAAGCACGCAUGGCUUCUGAGCGACAGCACCGUCGAACAGGCCAGCUUCCUCAAUUCCUUGAGCUUCCUGUUUGGCAUCGUGUCAUUCGCAAUGCCCAAGCUGGCGGUCACCGCCAUGCUGACGCGCAUCCUCAACCCAAGUACCCUCCACCGGGUGUGUCUGUGGGUUCUGACCAGCCUCGCAGCCCUGGUGUCGGGUAUAUGCAUCAUCAUCCUGUUCACGAUGUGCGAUCCGCCCAGGGCACUGUGGGAGACGCAUCUGGUGACAGAAGGAAAGGCCAAGUGCCUGGAUGUGUAUAUCUUGAUCGACUAUGCGAUCUUCACCGGAGCCCUCUCCGCAUUCGUUGAUCUCGCGCUGGCGAUCUACCCUAGCACCGUGCUGAUGAAACUUCAUAUGUCACUGCGAAAGCGACUGGCGCUGUGCGCAGCCCUGGGCCUGGGCGCCAUUGCUUCCGCCAUGGCAAUCGUCAAGUGCACCCAGCUGAAGGGGCUGGCCGAUAAAAGCGACUACACAUACGGAACGGCCGAGCUCGUCAUCUGGACCAACAUCGAAUCCAACGUCGUCAUCAUCGCUUCCUGCAUCCCUACCCUCCAGCCAGUCCUCGAACUGAUCCUCGGACGACGAACGACCAGCUCCUACAACAACAGUCGCAACCGCUACAAGGGCAGCUCCCAGCCGCCGGAUUCGUCAAACGACGCCAGCAAGAUGUCCAAGCCCCGGAAGCCAGACUGGGGGAUCACGACGGUCGAAAGCCAGGAGAGCAUACUCGGCGCCGAGGAACGGGGCACGGACUGCCAUCCUCUGGGGGCGAUCCGACGCACAGACAAUGUGACGGUGGAGUAUGAGACUCGCCCGCAAAACGAGCCAGGCGAGCCGCGCACAUCCUGGUGAUUCGGUACAUCGGGGAUGCCUGAUUUCUAUUCUUGAUAUUCCUCCUCCCUAGACCUACUAAAAGUCUGUUUUGUUUGUUGUUUACAAUAAUAAUUAUGACCCUUUC